AUGCCUGAUGAGUUCAACGCUGCUGUGGUGGUAAAGCAGAUGAAGACGAAGCACCAUGGUAUUUGUUCUUUGGUGGACCUCAGGUUGCGCAACGAUUUGGAGUCCUCCUCUGGUACAAGGGAGCCGAAGAUAAUCAAUGAGGACUGGCCCUUCGUGUCGUCUAACUUCCCGGGUCAAGUCCGAGUUGGCCAAGCAUUUAUGUCGGUGAAUGCUCGCUGGGCUUCAGUGGACGGAGACCAGGGCAUUAGAUUUCCGGAGACCACUGGGAUCUCAGCCACUAUUCCUAUGAAUACAGCAACGGAUGCUAUUCCUGGUAUUGUGGAACUGUUUUGUGGUGGUAUGGGUGGAUGGUCGGUGGCAGCUUCGAAGCUUCCGGCUGAGAUGGUAGCAAAGGUAGACCACGAGGGAAUGGCCAUCUCAUCAACUCUCUUGAACUCCCCUGGAGCCCGCCUCUUCACCCCACACGAUGAUGAUGACGGAGCAAACUUCGACAUCUUUUGGGGCGAAGUUGGGGAUUGGAGAUGGGCCCGUACCCUGCAGAAGACCCAUGUGGAAGCAUUGUGUGCAUCCCCUCCAUGCCAGCCCUUUUCGGCAAUGGGAAAGGGCGAGGGACUGGAAGACAAGGUCAAUGCGACAGGAUGGUUCCAGUUGUUCUAUGUGGCCCGACUCUUGCAGCGGAGGAUACUGCUCAUCGAAAAUGUAGUCGGCCUCCUAAGCCACAAACACUUCGCCCUCAUUGAAAAGCUUCUCAGGUGGGCUGGUUAUACGAUCGUCUGGAAGGGAAAAAUUGACCCGUCGCAGUACGUGCCAGCUGACCGAAUGCGCAUCUUUAUUGUGGCAUGGAACAAUGCUGAUUUGGAUGGUGUCUACAAGAAUUUCAAAAUGGUGGCCCCUUUCAGCAAUGGAGCCAAGAUCUGCAAUGAUGCGCUUUGGAAGAAUAUGAGUCCCGAAAUGGUUGAUGAGCUCAGGUUGACUUUUGCCCAAACCUCAAAAGCUGCAAGCCGUGACCUCCUUCCGGAUUGGCUCCGCAACCAACCUGGGAACGUCUUAGACAAGAGGAAGGUGCAUACAGGGCUUCCGUUGCCACCCAUCACGACAAAGUACAGGACCCUCAUCGACUCGCCUUGGCUGACCUUGAGGAAACAUGGGCUUUGCCUUCCACUUUGGGGAGUUGAACACCCUGGAGUCAGAUUCCUGUCGAAAUGGGAGGUGGCGAAGGCUUUCGGUUUUGCAGCAGAUGUGAUCCUCCCAGAGCCAGAAGAAGAUGCUUUCCUGCUCCUGGGCAAUUCCUUACUACCAUGUCAGGCGAUGAUAGUGUUGGGAUCAGCCUUGGAACACAGACCGGGAGACCCCAUGGGAGCAGAAGAGAUAAGGGCAUUCAUCACCGACGGCAUUCAGGAGUUGGCAUCAACGUGGCGAAACUUUGACCUCUUGGUGCAGGUUACAAACCAAGGAUGGGCGACCCUGGAGCUUCGUGGUGACAUCGCAGCAGCUGGCCCACAGGGAAGAUUGGCUGGCAAGAUUGGGGCAUGGCAAGUCAACAUUGCAUCCCUCACAAGGAAUCGAGAGAGAGGAUGUGAGGUCCCCUGCCUGACAGAAGAGACCCGAAUGCUCUAUGAGGAGAUGUUCGAAGACAAAGAGGACGAGCAAGGCAUUGGGCACCAGCUCUUCUGCCCAGACCUUGGCAGGGUGGAAAUCCGCCUCGAUGGAGACCUCUCUGUGCAGAAGGUGAGCCAGCAAAUUGCUGAGUACCUCAACAUCCCGCCGCCCAACCUCGUGGUCAUCCGCAUCCAGCCACCUUUCGAAGAAAUGGGUCGAUGGAUCCUGGCUGGCGACGUCCGGGAUGGACGAGAUGGCGAAGUUCUGAUCAUCGUGGACACAGCUUUGCCUAUAGCAAGAUGGGCAAACAACAUACUGUACCGGGCUGAUAUGCGCCAGUUCUACUUCAGCGAACACACAGACAGCCCAAUGUGGAUUACAAUCAAUGAAGUCCCAGUACAUGAAUGGCCCAUUCAGAUACAGAGCGGGGACUAUGUCUGCUUGCGGUGGGAUGGCCACACGGACAUGGAUGAGUGGCCAGAUUUCCCCACAUUCCGCAUCCCGGGACCUCUUCCGCCAACCCCACCCGAUACACCUGGAGAUGAUGGAGAAGAUGGCGAGAGCUCUGAUAUUGAUGAAUCAGGGGAUGAAUCCUCGGAGGAAGGAGCUGAAGGAGCAGAACCAGAUGCUCCCGCCUCAAGUGUCAGCGCGGCACCAGAGGCCAACCCUGUUGAUCAUGGAAGAACAGCAACGAUGGACUACAACACGGUCCCUUCUACACUCCCGACUAUGCCAUGGUCGCCGGUUACUUCCCCUCCGAGAAAGUCACCGACCAAAGGAGAUCAUGACCCUCGGCCUAUGAAAAAGAUCCUCAUCGAAGAUGGUGCAAGCACAGUUGCGAGGCCAAGCAUACAUGCAUAUGGUGACAACAGUGGAACACAAAGUAUGGCCAGCUCUUUCUUCAUGGUUUUCCAAGGCCAAUGUCUGCAGGUCAACAAGUUGGAUGCGAGACUGGUUGGUCAGAUCGCCGAAGACCACUGGGGCUUCCAAGAAGCAGAUAUCUUCAUGACGAUCAAUGGCAAGCCCCUCAGCCUCAAUGCCACUCCGUCGGCAAUGUCAGUAGGGGCUACAGUCCAAAUUCGAGGACGUCUUCGUGGUGGAACCCAAUCGGCUUUGCAGAAGCUCAAGGGACUCUUGCUUUCAAAGGGAGUGGCCAACGAUAACGUGGAUGCCAGGAUUGAAGAGAUCAGAGAGAAGAUUGGCGACAGGGGGAUUCGCGAGAUCUACACCUCCUUCGACCCGUGGAGUACGCUGAAAAGCCGAUGUGGUACGAUGAGGUUGGUGAAGGAGAGCGAACUCAAACAGAAGCCAAAAGCAAAAGGGCUUCAAGAAAAUGACCCGCUGCAAGACGAUGACCCCUGGAAAAAGGCACUGCAAGAACGAGAUCAGUGGAAGAUGGAACCAAGUUUCUUCAAGAAAGAGGAUGGGAGCCCGCCAAUGGUCCUGCAGAAGAUUACACAUGGCGCUUGUGGUAUUGCCAUGGUCUACGAGAAGGAAGCCUCGAUGCUGGUGGGAAAUGAGGACCACAUGUCAUCCGAGGAGUUGGCCAUUCUAUUGGUGGGUGGUACAAUUUCAGCGCCGACAAGAUUUAGUUCCAUGCAGGUCGAGUUCCCUUGCAGAACAGCUGAUGAUCAAAGAGUCCUCCUCAAAGCACAACUUGUGAACUUGGGAACCAAAAAAAUCUCUCUGGCCGGGGAAGACUCCAAGGUUACGGUUGAUGAGGUGGAUAGCAUUGUCGUGGGAUGUGAUAUUGUCCACAAAGACGUGCCCUCAUGGAAUGAAGUGGUCGAAGGAACGGUUCGAUUCCUGAAGAAGCAAAUCCCAACUUUGGAAAAAGCAUCCUUUGCAAAUUGGGGUCGACGAUUCUACACAAAUGGCAGACAAGUCCAAGAUGGCCUCCAAGCGGAAUCCUGCCACAUCAUGCUUCGCGUCAAAAGAGAAUUCCGAGAUGUCAUUUUGAAAGAGGUGGUACGAGGAAUUUACCUCUCUCCGAAAACCGAAGAUGGCAAGCCAGAUGGGGCUUUCAAGAUAAUCUGGUUCCAGGACAGGCCAUUCGAUGACCUCAAGGUGCUGGCCAAUGCUGAGCCGGCUUCAUAUGGCAUUGUCAACUCCAAAUCGGGAAAGGGCAUCAGGGUUAAACCGCAGGACUUUACCCGCCUUCGCCAAAAGUGGCACCCAGACUGGAAGCCGAUCGAGGGGGCCCCGUACGACCUCCUCAUCUCCACGUUCUUCGACGUCCAGAAUAUGCCCCUAUCCUGCACGAAGGCUGACGUCCAGAAGUUUCUUAACGGAAUUGGGUGGCAGGCCAUGGUGCUGAAGCAGACAAAGCCUAGAUGUUGGAUGGCUGGAGCACAAGGGCCUCCCGACAAAGCUGUACAUUUGGCGACACAUGGUACAGUCCUUAUCUCUGAGCGCUCAGCGAAAGGAAAUGGCAAAGGGUCCAGGAAAGAUCCCUUCCCAGCAGUGGUGGCAGGAAAGCCCAGACCAAUUAGGAUCCACCCGGAGAUAAGCAGCCCAGCGAUGCAGCUUGAGUUUGAUGAUGUGGCCUCCAAGAGCCUGGAAGACAAAUUUCAGAGAAAGCUGGACUCCCUGCAGAAAGAACAACAGGCAGCCAAUCAGAUGUUCCGGGAAGACAUCCAAAAGAUCAAUGCCAAAGUGGAUGAAAAUGCCCAAAAGCAAGAGCAGACCAACAAUGAACUCAAGUCUACCGUCACGGGCCUCACUGACACGAUUGCAAAGCAAUUGGCAUCACAAUUUCAAGACCUUCAGCUGUCAAUGCAAAAUCAACGCCAGGAGAUGGUCCACGAGUUGCGCACCGCACAAGGGACCCUGAAAGAUGAAUUGACGACUGAUGUCCGACAACAAAUGGCUUCCCUGAGGUGUGCAUGGAAUGAUGCAACUUACAUGGAUGACAGCUUCAAGGCUGGAAAAGGACCUUUUACGGUUUCUGGACUCAACGUCCAAUGCUUGAAUGCCUUUGUGGAUGACGGACGAUUCACAUCUUCUACUUCGGAUGUGGUGGUUUUCUCUGAGACGGCGGCGACAAACUUUGUCAACGUAAAGGCAUGCAAGGCAGCCAGAAGGAGAAAAUGCCACUACAAGCAUGGCUCUGAUGUCAACCGCAGAGAUUUUGUAGAUGGACGUAUUUGCGAAACCAAAGGUACAGCCCAGGGAGUUGGUAUUCUUUCCAAACUGCCACUCCGUAAUCCCAGACAGGACUGGGACAGUGGCAUUUGGAACUCGGCAAGGGUCGUGGACACAAUUGUGGUCACAGACUGUGGACCGAUCCGGAUCUUUGGAAUGUAUGGUCUCCACCAGACGUUGCCUGAUUAA